AUGACUCGUUGCCGGUUGUCGCUUCUUCUUGCGGCGCUGGCCGGCUGCGGGGCACAAAUAGAUGGCUUGGAUGCAAGCUGCAUUGCCUGGUGGAGCAGGCAGUGCCGCUGGGGGGCUUUGGCAGUCGAGGGCACAAGUACGGAGGACGACUCUGCGUGCGCUGCGACUGGCCAGGCCUUUCCUCCUUCACCAGGAGCCACCUGGGCACCGGUGCUCGAUCAGAUGCUCAGAUGCACCGCCGGCUUCUACGAGGGACGCUACCUGGAGAUCCGGCUAAAUCCUGAGGAACUCUGGCGUGGAUGGCGCUUUGAACACCCACGGCCGCACAUACCUGAGUCUUUUGGCCUUUGCGUUCCCCGAGGGCGCUGUCGAGAGUCUGCCGUGAAGUGGCUGCUGGUACCACUGUUCUGGCUGUAUGUUGUCGGGGGCCACCCAGACUCUGUUGACCACUGGGCCUUCGUUGAGCUGGCUCGACAGCUGAAGGCCGCAGGUGGUGAGCCACCAGGAUCGUUGAGUUUGAUCACUGGGACGCAGCACAAGGAGCACAUCUACGACCAAGCCAUGCGCGAAAAGGAGGCUCAAUUGCCGGUGCCAGCUCCGGCAGUCAGUGGUGCAGUUUGUAUUGCGGGCCACCCGCGGAGCAUCGGAGACCCAAAGGUGUACCAGAACCUUCGAACAAACUUGUUGGACUCGCUGAGCUUUUCCGAGCUCAGCACGAUCCUGGUCACGGAAUUCGGGGACCAUGCCCCUGAGAGCGAGAGGAGCCAAAACCCUCGGCGGAGUUGGGCAGACGCAGCCGACGCCCUGAAAGUCAUCUCGCCGGACGUGGUGGUCAACAUCCCAGUUCUGCUGGAAGGACCUCCCCCGGACCGCAAAUGCCACGUGAAGUACCCACCGGCUUGCAAUGCGCAGUGGCGACGACUGGAGAUGUGCAUGACGUACAUUCUGGCGCUGGAGCAGCAGCGCAGCCGGGCAUUCGAUUGGAUAAUCCGUGUUCGCACCGACAUGUUUUUCAGUAAACCGGUUGGCAACAUCCGGGUUUUCGACCUCGACAAAGUUCACAUGCCGGUCGGCAGCUGGACGGACCCACACGAUACCUUUGCAAUGCUGCCCCGGCAAUAUGCCGCGAUCUACUUCAGCACGCGGCAAUACGCUGGCACUGACUACUGCUGGAACUACUCCAGGGAGAACGUCAGGUCUGAUGAUUGUUGCUACCGACUGAGACUUCAACUUGAGAAGCACCAGGUGCCCGUCAAACGCUUUGCUUUAUUCUGGCAGCCUUGGGAGGAAGUCGACCGCUACAUCGUGCGGCCUCCCGACACCUGGGAUGGAAAGAAGAAGUACUCGCCCUAG